AUGGCUCUCACACAACCAAUCAAUCCCGAGUUUCCUUACUCACUCACAAUCUCUCUCCCUCUCCCAACUAGUCGCCUCGCAUCAUGCGCUCUACGCACUUUGGAAGUUGACGCUGAACUAUCCCCUCUCGUGCGACGAACGUUGAGCAUCGAGGCUCCGGCGGUCGAAGCACCAUCCCAGCCGCAAGAAAAAAAACAAAAACAGGACCCUGAUGAGUCUAGAACCGUAUUGAAGAUUACAUACAUUGCGACGACCAACCGAAUGCUCCGUGUUUCUGUCAAUGGAUUUAUGGAGAGUCUAGGUGUUGUGCUUGGGGUGAUGGCAGAAUUGGAUGUCGACGUACUCAAGGCUGAGAUGGAGAGUUGA